GCGGCGCACCCUGGGUAGCAGGUCACCAUGGCGGCCCGUGUCCUCUCGGCCUGCGCCCGCCGCCUCCUGCCGCGGCGGCCCCCGGCGGCGGCGCCGCGCCCCGCCGCGCUCGGCUCCCUCCACCCCGGCCCCGGCCGCGCCCCGGCCGCGCCGCUCCUGGCCCCGCUGCCGCAGGUGGCCGUGACGGCGGGGCCGCUGUGUCGCCGCUUCUCCGACCUGCCGCCCCUGACCUUGGAGGGCAUCAGGGACCGCGUCCUCUACGUCCUCAAGCUCUACGACAAGAUCGACCCGGCCAAGCUCACAGUUGAAUCCCAUUUCAUGAAAGAUCUGGGUUUGGACAGUUUGGACCAAGUGGAGAUCAUCAUGGCUAUGGAAGAUGAGUUUGGAUUUGAAAUUCCUGAUGCAGAUGCAGAAAAACUAAUGUGUCCACAGGAGAUUGUAGAUUACAUUGCAGAUAAGAAGGAUGUUUAUGAAUAAAACCAGUUCUUCAAAGCAAAGAGAUGUCUCUACCACUAUGACUGGGCUGAUGUCAGCAGAUAUGAAUAUAAGCGCACAUGCUGUACUGUUGCUGCUUUCACUGGAAAGUUGUACUGGACAUUGUAUUUAAAGCUGUGUGAAUAUGUUGGCCUUUAAAAACUGGGGAAAAAAGGAAUAAAUAUUUAAGACCA